GCCGCCCCGCCCAGCUGACCCGGUCACUCUCCCCUCGAUCGCUCCUGCCCCGCGCGCAGGGCCCCGCCGCCACCAUGUCGGGCCCGUUGGAGCUCUCUGUGCAAGAUCUCAACGACCUGCUCUCGGACGGCAGUGGCUGCUACAGCCUCCCGAGCCAGCCCUGCAACGAGGUCACCCCGAGGAUCUACGUGGGCAACGCGUCUGUAGCUCAGGACAUCCCCAAGCUGCAGAAACUGGGCAUCACCCACGUCCUGAACGCGGCCGAGGGCAGGUCCUUCAUGCACGUCAACACCAAUGCCAACUUCUACAAGGACUCUGGCAUCACCUAUCUAGGCAUCAAGGCCAACGACACACAGGAAUUCAACCUCAGUGCUUAUUUUGAAAGGGCCUCAGACUUCAUUGACCAGGCACUGGCCCAGAAGAACGGCCGGGUGCUCGUCCACUGCCGCGAGGGGUACAGCCGCUCCCCAACUCUAGUCAUCGCGUACCUCAUGAUUCGACAGAAGAUGGACGUCAAGUCUGCUCUGAGCAUUGUGAGGCAGAACCGUGAGAUUGGCCCUAACGAUGGUUUCCUGGCCCAACUGUGCCAGCUCAAUGACAGACUCUUCAAGGAGGGCAAGUUGAAACUCUAGGGUGCUUUUACCUCUUCCCCAGAGGUCUGACAGGGAGGCCCUGGCUGAGGGUAUCCCGAGCCGCCAUGUUUAGGAAACACAGUGUACUUGCUCCCAACGUCACUAGGCACUUGCCCACAUCUGUCCUCACACAGCCCUGGGCCACGUCACCCCAGGGGAGUACAUAAAGAAGCAUGCCAAGGCGGGCAUUCUUGUUCCCUAGUUGUCCUGUCCUGUAAUUUAUGUCCUGUCCCUGAGGUGGGGGCUCAGCAGGAAAGGCCUGUGGCAUAUGUGCCUCUUCAGGGCCCAGGGCACAAGGUCUGUGGGGUGUAAGGCUGAGACCCCACAGGGGCUCCUCAUGACCUCACUCCCUUCACUCCUGAUGGAGACCUUGGCACCUUGAGCCUAGUUAAGGAGCUAUGCAAACACAGGUCCCUCUCUCCCCACCAAGUGUGUCACCUGGUCCCACAGCCUUCCCCACCCUGCCCUUUAGCAGAGGCAGCCAUGAGGUUGGAGGUGGGAAGCUGGGCCAGGCGUAUCAGUCACUGGUGGGUAGAAAUUCCCAUGGAGAGGCUGCAUUUGAAUUCUUUUCAUAGGAGCAAAGAUGCCACACAAAGAGGCCCUUCGUGGGCAAACACAUUCUCCUGGAGGCUCUCCUAAAUCUAUAGAAUUUUUUAAAUAUGGCUCUUUGGAAAGCUUGAGUUUUGAAUCUGCUGCUUUGGAAUUUUCCCCUGGACCGAUCAUUCCUUCACUUGUUAGGAGAGUGAUGCUUUGGGCCUGGUUUUCUUUUCUUUUUUUGAAACAGGGUGUUGAGGUCCAGCCUAUUUAAAACCCCCAACAUUUGGAGAAUUAUAAGGGUUUUGUCCUGAAUUAUAGUGUUGGCAAGCCCAGGCCACUCAUGCUAACUGCUUUUUGUCCCCGUUGCCAUUUCAAGAACAGAAAGAGGAAGUUAGCCAAUUAUGGUGUGUAUACAUGGGUAUGCUUGUGAAGGGUGUGCCUCUCCACACGCAGCCAGGGAACAGCAGAGGAUUGAAGGUCCCUGUACUCACCCUGCCCACUUACAGGAGGCUCUGAUGGCUCUCUGGUGCCAGUACAGGAGCCCUGGAGUGACUCAGCUGGGAAGAAAUGAGACAUGGCAGAGCAUCUACAUAGAUCCUUUAAUGGUGUUAGAGCAGACAGACAAAAAGAAAUAACCUGAUUGUGCCUGUAAUCCUAGCUACUCAGGAAGCAGAGAUCAGGAGGAUCACGGUUCAAGGCCAGCCCAGACAAAUUGUUCGU